CUGACGGCUCUCAUUUUACAUCACACAAAUAUUUCAAAUCAUAUUUUAAAGCUUAUACUGCAGCCUUAUCUCAAAAUUGCUUUGUGUUUUUUUGCUUUAUUCAACAAAAUGCGAUAUAAUAUCAAAUCUUUUUGUAAGAUAACGUAACAAUGGCGUUCAGCGGUAUUACAACUAAAUUCACGAGAUCAUUAGUUAUAAAAAUGGCGGCAAUUCUCAAAGAUCGAUGUUUGAGAAGAAUUUUUAAAAAAAUAGACUUUGUAAGAAAACCUCUGCGACUUAACUUUGUGACCGAUAAUGGCCAACACUCUAUCGACAAACUUCUUGUGGCAAAUCGAGGGGAAAUUGCUUGCCGCGUUAUGGAGACUGCAAAAAAAUUGGGAAUUAGGACUGUGGCUGUUUUCAGUGAUGUUGAUGAACAAUCAAAACAUGUUAAAAUGGCAGAUGAAGCAUACCACAUUGGACCUGCCCUUGCAAGAGAAAGUUACCUUAAAAUGGAUAAAAUAAUUGAUGUUGCUAAAAGAAGUCAAGCACAAGCUAUCCAUCCUGGCUAUGGAUUUCUUUCAGAAAAGCCAGAAUUUGCUGAACUUUGCUUUAAAGAGAAUGUGAUAUUUGUGGGGCCUCCUUCAUCUGCCAUAAGAGAUAUGGGAAUUAAAAGUACAUCAAAGAAAAUAAUGAGUGACGCUGGAGUGCCUAUCAUUAAAGGUUACCAUGGAAAUGAUCAAUCAAAUGAAAGGUUGAAAGCUGAAGCUGAAAAGAUUGGGUAUCCAAUUAUGUUAAAAGCAGUUAGAGGCGGUGGGGGUAAAGGAAUGAGAAUAGUAUGGAAAGCUGAAGAUUUUGAUGAUGCACUUGAGUCAGCUAGAAGAGAAUCAUUAAAAUCAUUUAAUGAUGACAUCAUGCUUGUUGAGAAAUUUGUUGAAUCUCCCAGACAUGUUGAAGUUCAAGUGUUUGGAGAUACGUUCGGAAAUACAGUUUAUUUGUUUGAAAGAGAUUGUAGCGUUCAGAGACGCCAUCAAAAAAUCAUCGAAGAAGCUCCAGCUCCUGGAAUAUCAUCUGAGGUUCGUAGGAAACUGGGGGAAGCUGCUGUAAAAGCUGCAAAGGCUGUUGGUUAUACUGGUGCAGGUACAGUGGAGUUUAUAAUGGAUAAAACUCACGAUUUCUAUUUUAUGGAAAUGAAUACAAGGCUCCAAGUUGAACAUCCGGUGACUGAAAUGAUAACUGGAGUAGAUCUUGUUGAGUGGCAGUUGAGAAUUGCGGCUGGAGAAAGAUUACCACUACUGCAAUCUGAAAUCAUCUUGAAUGGUUAUUCAUUUGAAGCGAGAAUAUAUGCAGAGGACCCAGACAAUGAUUUCCUUCCAGGAGCAGGACCAUUAGUUAGUUUAACUACUCCUUUACCAUCACGACUUGUAAGAAUUGAGACUGGAGUUGUUCAAGGUGACGAUGUUUCUGUUCAUUAUGAUCCCAUGAUAGCAAAACUGGUUGUCUGGUCUAAAGAUCGUUCGUCAGCAUUACGAUUGUUAACUCAUUCAUUACGUCAAUAUAACAUUGUUGGCCUUAGUACGAAUCUUGAUUUUCUAAUAAAUCUUUCAAAUCACCAAGAAUUUCGAAAUGGAAAUGUUAACACUGACUUUAUUCAGGAUUAUUAUAAUGAUUUAUUUCCUGAGAAGAAAUCUUUGUCUCCCGACCUGCUGGCUAGAGCUUCCGUUUAUCUUAUUUUAUUGGAAAAAAGAAAACAACGAAAGUCAUUUGAUGACAUAAUUUCUCCUUGGAAUUUAUCAUCUUGUUUUCGUGUGAACAGUGAUUUGUCAAGGAAAAUUAGUUUGAAUGAUGGAUAUUCAGAUGUCGAGAUUUUACUUUCCUUUGAAAACGACGAUUCUUUUAAAAUCCAGAUAGGAGACAACGUUAUGAAAGGAUUUGGUAAUCUUGAAAUAAAUGGUUCACAAAAGUUGUUAAAAGUCACAAUUGAUGGCGUUGUUUCAAAGUUAAAUGUAGUUGAACACAAUAAUACAAUUUAUUGUUUUUCUAUGGAGGGAAAUUAUAAAGUUCAUCGACUCAUUCCUAGUUUUAUAAAAAGUAAAUGUGAAGCAAUGAAUUUGGGUGAUGCUAUUGCCCCAAUGACGGGAACAAUCGUCAAGGUGAACAUUAACAAUGGACAAACUGUGAAGGAAGGUGAUAUUGUUAUGAUAAUGGAGGCAAUGAAAAUGGAGCAUGUAAUCUGCGCUCCUAAAGAUGGCCUCGUAGAAAAUGUUUAUUAUGCCGUGGGUGACACAGUUGAAAGAAACUCAGUACUAAUCUCAUACCUAAAGGAAGACGAGAAAAACUAAAAAACAUUUAAUGUUACAAAUAUUCAAUUUAUUAUAA